GCUCAGCCUCAGGGCGACAGAUGGAGAGAACGAGGCGGAGGAGGUGAAGGUGUCCCGUCUGCAGAUGGAGGGAGAAACUCCUCCCGAACACAAGUGUCCUGCCGUGUGCGACAGUCUUCACAGCUCCAUCCAUGACAAAGAAAACAGUCCAAUGAUGAGAGCUGUGCUGUGUUCCCAGGUGUGUAAGGUGUACAGGUUUCUGAGGGAGGAUCAAAGAUGGCUGCUGGUUCGGGAACAGAUGUCGGAGACGCCACUCUCUUUCUCUCUCCCCAAACAGCUGCUGAGCACGCUCAUACGCAGCUACACCAGCAGGAUCCAGGAAGUGAAGGAGCUCGGCGACCUCCCCCCCCACUGGGAUGGUCUCCGCCGCGACGUCAUCGACCACUGCACCCACCUGAUCGCCUGUUACCAGGCAACGCUCGCCGAGCUCGAAAAACUCCCAGACUCGUCCUGCUUCAAGUCGAGCAGCAGGAAAUCAGACAAGCACCUCCAGUUCGUCCCGACCAACCUGCACUCUCAGAGGAUGGAGGUCACCUGUCCAAACAGCGCAGGUUCGUCCUCUGCUUUAUCUUUUCCCCGAUGUCCCUCUUAUCGGCCCGAUGUCCCUCUUAUCGGCCUGAUGUCCCUCUUAUCCGCCUGA